AGGCAGAGUAGCAUCCUUUUCUCAGAGUGACACUGGCCCCCACACAGCAGAGAACUUCAGAUACAAACCACUGAGGUCUGAAUUACAGAGAAGAGACUCAUAAUACAAGACAUCCUGAAGAUCCGCACUCAGAGGUAUGGCGAUCUUUGAUUCGACUACAGAAGACUUUACUGGCUUUACUUUUGACUAUGUGUCCAAUUACACUGAUUUUCUCAACGUCACUGACGUUGCAGAGCUUUGUGAAGCCAGCAAAGAGCAGGAGCUGACCAUUACUGCUGUCCAGACGACCGUCUUCCUCAUCGUCUUCAUCUUAGGUGUAAUUGGGAACGGGCUGGUCAUUGCCACUUUCGCACUGUACCGCCGUCUGCGUCUACGCUGCAUGACCGACGUCUUCCUCUUCUACCUUGCUCUGUCUGACAUGCUUCUUCUGCUGACUCUACCGCUACAGACGGGAGAGACGCUGAUUGGCAGCUGGGUGUUCGGAGAGGCGCUGUGCAAGCUAAAUCGAGGCAUGUAUGCCAUCAACACCUACAGCGGUCUGCUGUUGUUGGCGUGCAUUAGUGUCGAUCGCUACUUGGUGGUGGUUCGCACCAGGGCCGUGCGGAAGAAGAGUUCUGGGAUGCUGUUUUACAGCACGCUUUCUGCGUUUGGCGUCACAGUAACCUCUAUCGUCCUGAGCCUGCCAGACCUGCGCUUCAGCUCCAUAGACAUCGACAUGGGUUCAAACGUCCUCUUGUGCGAUAUGAAAGUUUGGAGCGAUGAAGUGAGUAAAUGGAAGCUGUGGGCCCAGAUGUCAAAGAUCGCAGGGUUCUGUAUCCCUUGCGUGGCGAUGGUGGUGUGCUACGGUGCGAUCGGACGCGUGCUGAUCCGUGCCGGUGGCAAAUGCUGGCGUAGACAGAGGACCCUGCGUUUGAUGGCAUUGCUGGUGAUUCUUUUCCUGCUUUUCCAGCUACCUUACACUGUGGUGCUGCUGAUUAAAAUAUUCACACCCACACCGAAACACUGCGACGAGUGGACCAGGUUCCACCUGAAGGAAAACGUGACACGCAAUCUGGCCUACGUGAGGUGCUGCCUGAACCCUCUGCUUUAUGCGCUGGUUGGCGUCCGAUUCCGAAACGACAUCAUCAGGCUGUUGACGGACGCCGGGUGUGUGUGUGUGUCACAUAUAACGCCUCACCAUGAGAACAGAAGCUCUGUUACGCCGUCCUCUCCGGCUGCAACCAUACUUUCACCCAUCUCCUCUACUUACCAAUCCUCCAAGAAAACAGCUGGCUCAGACACACCUGCUGCAAACACAGACCAAACAUUCAUUUUCCCCACACCGAUAUCUGGUAAAGUGUCUUCGGUCAUAAACUGGUGUCAUCAAUAACUUACCUGCACAUCUGAAGAUCUGCAAUAAAUUGCUUCUCUGUUUAAAAGUGAAAAGAGACAGAGUUGCAUGCAUGUACACAACUUUUUUUCAGCUUUCACAGCUUUAAAGGGCCAUGAACUGCAUUGUUUUAUUGUUUUAUAAUGUUUCCUGGGGUGCACUUAUAAUGUUAGUAUGCUUUUUACAUCCAAAAUUGUCAUAAUUUAGAAAUAAAAUUCCUAACCUGAUUUUAGUCCUCUUAUUUGAACACUCUGUUUUAAGGGGCGUGUCUGCUGUGAGACUUCAGUGUAAACGCCCACUGCUGUGAUUGGCUAACAUCUUUCCAUCUGAAAUAGCUAAGUAUUACUCUCUCUAAAAAUUUUAGCUCAUUUUUACUAUUACUUCUCAAGGUUAACUAAUCGUGAAAAGUGUUGAUCAUAGCAUUACAUUUAAAUUUAUGGCAUUAUAUUUAGAUCGUGGCAUGAAAGGUUGCGGAGAUGAACAUGGCAUUGUAACUAGAGAUUCCUUGAAUAAACUGGGAGUUUUGGCACAAGUCCAGAUAUCAGUCACUGAUAAAUUUGUGCUGUUUGAUUGACAGCUCCAGCGAAUGUAAAGGGAGUGUUCAUUGAUCGCUUUCUAUAUAUAAAUAACCAUAUUCCUAGCAUUAGUUCCUUUGAAAGGUAAUGUUAUUUUUAGUCCUGUAUCGCUCUUCUCUCCUCGUCAUCUCACUAACAUGUCAGUGGGCGGGUCUAACGUUGCAAUGAUGAAGUAGGCUUGAUUUCUUCUGCGGAGGCGGCGUUUCACGUUUCACAUUCCAGGACCAAUUGUUCGAUGGACCUGGUGUCAAUAAAAGCUUUUAUUGGCCUAACAAGUAAGUUUUCAGUUCUGAAAAUUACAGGAUAUUCUUAUAGUACGAUGACCUCUUAUACAUCAAAAAAGCCUCAAGUAAAAGUUGAUUUCUCAAUUCAUGACCCUUUAAAUCUUUAUAAUCAUUUUUUUUUCUCUUUAUUUAGUUUGUUGUGCUAGUCUAAAAAUGUUAGGUUUCAUAAUUUCGACAUUUUGACUGUUUUGGCUAACUUCAACAGAGCCCUGUCUCUCCAAAACCUUACUAUCCAAAGACAUGUCAGCAAACAAAAACAGCAGAGUGGUGUUUCAUUUGCUCCCAAUAACAUCCUGACUAGGGUGACCAGAUGAGAUUGUCUGAAAUUCGGGACUGAAAUGUUGAUCUUUUUAAAGAUCAGCAGUCUGUCAUUAGUCUUUAGUCUGCCACAAAAAACAACAUUAAAAUCAUGAACUCAAAUGUCAUUGUGAAAAGAAAAAAAAAAAACAAUGACUGUUGUAAGUAACAGUGCAUAAAUCAGACCUUUCUGUAUAGCCUAAUGCUAAUAAGCUUAAACGAAAAUAACGAAAUAAUUGUGUAAUGAAGUAUUUUUUUGCACACAGUGCUGCGAACAAUCAAUCACUCCUUUACGCGUGCAUCACUGUCCUCCUUGCGGCUGCAGAACGUACACUCUCUUCAUCAAGGCUUAAAACAAAAUGGGCAUAUCUAAAUUCGCGCCUAGCCGCCUACGGUAUUUUUUUUAGAACUUAGAAAAAAGAUGCGGCAGCCAAUGAGCAGCCGGCGGGGCUGGUUGCAGGACGGCUCAACCUCCGCAGACAGUUUUUCAUGUUUAUCAGACAAUAACUUAUCAAGAUUUUGCUUUAGUAUAAUUUUUGGGACAAUUAGGGCCAGAUUCGGGAUUCAGGACAACAGUUUAGAUUUCGGGACGUCUGGUCACCCUAAUCCUGACUUCAUUUCCUGCUUACAAAGAGAAAGAAAAAAAAAAAAAAAAAAACUAGGGCUGUUUCAGAUAUAGAAAUUGCAUACGUUACAAAUAAUAAAAAAUGAAUGCAUUAAAAAAUAUUUUGUUUGAAAUAAAUUGUGCAUAUUUUUUACCAUUAAAAUAAAUGUUUGUUGUAUGUUACUCUUUGUUAUCUUAAUCUCAUUUCUGUAUUUUCUUUUUACCUGUAUUCAAUGCUACUGACAAAACAUCAAGAUUAAAAAUAUUUGAUAUAUAUCUGUUAAGUUUUAUGUAUAAUUUCAUAAUGCUGAGUGAAAAUAAAUAGAAUCUAUGUGCUCUUCAGCACUUAAAUUGUCUUACAUUUUGCAACACGAACAAGAUUGAAGACCUAUUUUAAUCAGCAUUUUCGCGCCACCUUGUGGUAAAAUGUAAG